UGGUCGCUGGGAUGGAGCGGCGACUGCGCUCCAGCGAGCGGUUAGCGCAUGAUCAUGUGUUUGGCCGGUUCUUGCGUGGGAUGCUGUACAAGUCCGCGGAAUAAAAGUGGACAGGUGUAACGCGCCUUGUUGAAUGGGGGAGGCUAAGAAAAACGCCAAGACACACUCUCAUCUUACCUUAUUCGUGAGCGCACAGUAGCCACUGGCUGCGCCCCGUAUCUGCAGCCGUGAAGGGUUUCCCCCCCCCUCCCGUUGUAAUAUUUAUGACAAAACGGAGGCAAAUUAUUCCGGUCACGUUUUUGGCUGACAGCCGGCUGUCCUGGAGAGCGCUGGAGUGAAUCGGGGGUCCAGUGCUCGAGAAAGCGCAGCGCACCGACACCUGCAGUAGGAUGUAAAGGGAAUUCCCAUUAACCAAGCUGAUACAACCACAUCUCCUCCAUCGCUGUCUCCUUUGAGCCAGAGGAGAAGGGAACAUGGUCAGGUACGCCGGCCUCUGUUGCUAUGUGUAAAGGACUGCCGCGGCGUCAAUGGAGACCGAAGGCUAUCGUGACCUCCUGGAGACCAGUGAUGGCCAGGGGGUAGGCCUGCUGGAUGGAGGGAGUGAGGUGGGCGUGGAGGAGGGCUGGAGCACGCCCUACCCUCUGGGCUUUCAGGUGUCUCUGACCACUGUGCUGAUUCUGGAGCUUGUGUUGGGCUUCAGCAGCAACCUGACCGUUCUUGUGCUGUACUGCGCUCAGUCCAACCUGGUGGACUCAGUCAGCAACCUGGUCACAGUCAACCUCCAUGUGCUCGACAUACUGGUGUGCGUGCUGUGUCUGCCACUCACUGUGGCUGUGAUCCUGCUGCCAGCAAAUGAAAAUGGAGUUAGCAGCCUGGCCACACUUUGCUGCUUCCAUGAGGCCUGUGUGACGUUCACUAGCGUGGCUACGGCAGUCAACGUGUUAGUAAUCAGCUUGGACCGAUAUGACAUCUCAGUGCGUCCAGCCAGUCGUCUGCUGACCCCCAGACGUGCUGCGCUACUCCUGGCAACUGUGUGGGCCUUGUCUCUGGCCGUUUUCUUCCUGCCCUUCCUUGAGGGGGACUUCUUCUCUUCAAGGGCUGAGGAUGGUGAACAUGAGGAGCUGGAAAGGCAGAACAAUGACUCUCAGCUCAUCACUGAACAGACCACCACUUUUUCCUCACUGUCCCCUUCCUUAUUACCCGCAACUACACCGACAUCCCCUUCACAACACCUGCCUCCAGUAUGGCAGAACAGGACAUUGCUUUGUGUUGGAGGGCAGGGGUAUUACACAGGCUUGGCAAUGUAUUACCACCUGCUCCUCCAGGUGCCCUGCUUCUUUAUCGCUGUGGCAGUUAUGUUGUUCACUUACUCCAGGAUCCUACAGGCUCUCAACAUCCGCAUCGGCUCUCACAUGAUGAGGAGUACCCGUGCAAAGGACUCCACCUGCAGGAUACGCUGCAGGAGGCAGAGGAAGAAGAACUUAAGCCUGCCCACAGAGGUAGUGUCCUCCAACCAGAACCAGAACCUCAGUCAUCCUUCCCUCAUUCCCUCCCCCACGCCUACACCGACAUCACCCCCGCCACUCUCCUCCAUGCCCCAAGGGAUGUCUGACAGUGGAGCAACAGUCACCACUGUCAGCACUGCAGCGACCACCCCCAUCGCAACCACACCCGCAACCCCAGUUUCUCCAACCCCACCUUCAGCCUCAGCUCAGACCCACGCCAACACACCACUGCCAGCUUCCUCCAUGGGUGUACAGGCCUCAGUUUCUGCCAUCAUCGCUUUGCGGCGAGCAGUGCGGCGGCACCGGGACCGUCGGGAACGUCAGCGUCGCGUCCUAAAAAUGUCCCUAAUCAUCAUAUCCACAUUCCUCGGCUGCUGGGCUCCUCUGUCUGCGGUCAAUGUUUUGAUCCUGUGUAUGGGUCCGAGCGACAGCCUGGUGCGGCUCCGUCUGUGCUUCCUGGCGAUGGCUUAUGGAACCACCAUCUUUCAUCCUUUGCUCUAUGCUUUCACCAGGCAGAAACUGCGCCGCGCACUCAAAACACGUGUUAAGAAAAGGGUCGUUUCACUUCUGCAAGUGGACCCAGCUCCUAGUGGGGGGACAGUUAUUCAUAACUCUUGGGUAGAGGGAGGAGGCAAAAGAAAGAAUCGCAAAUCACGGGUGGAGGCCAGUGAUGGCACUGAUCGGUGCCUCACAGAGGCAGUGAGGGAAUGAGGCUGGUCUUUAGAGUGCGGAUGUAUGAAUAUGUGUGUGAAUUUGAAGAACUAUAUGUAUCUUACCAAGACAAUGGAGAUGGAUUGUAUAGAUGAAGUGUAAUGAUCCAUGGGGUGUGAGGAAAACUGACAACCAGCUAGCUUAUAAAGGUCAGGAGAAAGUCUCUUGGCCUCUUGCUACAUACAGAUGUGGAGAAACAUGAGCUCUAUUAGAGUCUGCUCUCCUUACCAAGGCUGUCAUUAGUCCACUUUCUGACUGACAAGAUGGCCAGUGUGUCUCUGUGGCAAUACUAGUCAAAUAUUUUUAUGACAACAUCAUAGCCAUGACUGCUAAUAAUACUCACAUCCAUCCCAAAUGUAGGGUAAAGGAUAGAUAACCGCGAAUACAUACAGUACAGUGUUGCUCCUGCGUGCACUUUCAACUUGCAUGUGCAUGUACAUAUGCACAGGUAGAUACACACACACUCAUCCAAUUAUUGCACAUUGAUCUAUAUUUAAUCAUUAUCUGUGAAAGCACAUCGAUAUCUACCUGCACAGAUAUUCUCAGUGACAAAAACUAAAUUAUUAAUGGAAGUCUCUGUUUCCCGUUCUUUGCUUUAUUUUGUUCAUGCCUUAAUUGAGUUAUUAGUAUUCUUAUGGUGCUGAUUGUCCUGCUGUAUGUUUACAACAAUGUAUCAACUUCGAGUGAACUUGUUUGCAUAUAGAGAAUCAAACGCAGAUAAAUGCAAGCAUUGAGAUUCAAAGUUUACAGGCUCAUACUAAACCAGGAAACUGCAAAAAAUGAAGAAGACAAAAAACUGAUUUCGACCUGAUUUUCAAUAAACACCAUGUUUUAGAAGAAUGUGUGCAAGCAAAAGCUAAAAGGCAUGAGAUUUUAUUUUUUUUGUUUUGUUUUUAAGGAAAAAUGAACUUUAAUGACCACGGUUAUGGAGAAUAUUUGUAUGAUAGCGUUUGUUUGCAAGUGUGCAUGUAUGCAUGUGCGUUUGCAAAAGCUGCGUGGUUGUGUAAAUGAAGAAAUGUGUGCGUGUGUCACUGAUUAUGUGCAAUAAAUGAGCAAAGCAAUGACCCAUAGGAUGUGAACAAAGAGAGUGUGAACAAAGACCUUUUGGCUUUCAACAUAUGUUUAACGGAAAGGCAAAAGGGCGGGGGGGGGGGAAGCUGCUGAACAUAAAAGUGAACGAUAUAGAGAAUAUGUAACUAUGUAUAAAUGGCAGGAAACUGCUAAAAUUACUGCUGAAAAAGGAUCAACUUCACUUUUAAAGUAAUAAUUAAAGGGCAAUAUUUUCUGAAAAUUUUAAUAAUAAAAGGCUCUCAAGUCACAGCAGGUUAACAAGCAUGAUGAACUUGAGAGAUCAGAACGAUGGUGAAAUCACUGCAGACGUGAGACAUCUCUUUGUGUUAGCUGUUUGUUUCUCUGCCUAGCAGAGUUACUGCUUUUGGUUAGGGGUUUGAAUGAUCACAGAGACAGACCGCCUCUGGACUGAGUCCUGGACAUUUUGCACAAUAUUGGUGUCUCUUUUUCUCCUCAGGGCUUUAUGUCAAAUUCCCAGACUUGCUGGACAAAAAAAAAAAAAAAAACAACCAAAAAAAAAAAAAACCCAAUAAAACAAAAUGAAACAAAAAAAACAAAACAAUAAGCCAGCCCUCAAUCAACUGUUGUAUUAUGGGUGUUGCAGUGAGUAAAGAUUUAUGUCCACUAAGUAGUUAGACUACACUUUUAACUUUGUAUGGACUCAAGACUUGGAGUGCUCCUUUGGAGGGCUUUGGGCUAUCUCCUCUUUCAUCCUCACCCCUUUUACACUAUUUGUGAGACAGACAGAAGGCAGUAAUUAUUGUGUAUUCAUGUACAUUUUUUUCAGGGAUGUAAAUAAUAAAGAGUCUGAGUUAGGGUUUAGUCCAAAAAAUAAUAAUAAUAAUAAAAUCUUUUACUUUGGCCACAAUCAUCUGCCGGACAGAAAAUCAGCCAUUGUUAUAAACUCUUGGUGAGCUGGAAAGUUACUGUAAAGAGAAGAUACAUGUAAGUGAAUUUGUGUUAAUACUGUAUGUGUGUACACUGUACUGUACAUUUAUGACCAUGUGUAUAGAGAAAUAUUAGUAUUGUAUAAGAUUUAUAAUAUGUGUCAUUGUAUAGAGCAGAACAGCAUCUGUAUUAAAAAGGUGAUCAAAGUC